AUGGUUUUCACGAAAGGAGAUCGUAUCAAAAUACGAGUAUUGAGUGGACACUUCAUUGCCAAGCUUGAUGAGUUGCUCAUGACAACAGUUGCUGAUGCUUCAACGAGUGCCACUCUGAACACACCAGCCUCACCUCGUACCAAUAAUUCCAACCAUAAUUUCCAUCAUUUAUCAACAACAGCAAUGUUGGAUCAUUUAUCAUCGGAAUUACCUCAUGUUUCUUCUCAAUCACAGAUUCAUCCAUCUCCCUCUCUCGGAUGUUUGGAACGAUUGGAUCAUCGAAAAACCUAUGUCAUGAUACAACAAGCUGGAAGUAGCUCUCAAAAAGGAGAAUGUACCAAAAAGCAUACAAUGAAACGAGUGAAAAGUAGGGGAACGUUUUUAAUGAAAAAUUUCUGUGAGGACUUGGGGAAUGAGAAUGUUUCCUCUGUGGUGACCUCUUCGAAUCAUAGCGAAGAGGACUCCAGUUCGGCCGAUGAUACAAAAUUUUAUGCUUUAUCUAAUCCAAACAGUACAGAAAAUUUAUAUGACAUGGAAAUGACACGUACCGUCUCUCAAUCUCAAAUUAUAGACGAGCAACAUGGUGAUGAUUUUACAGAAUUUCUUUAUCAAUGGAAUCAAGAUUUUGUGUUUCCAGAAAUCGAAUUGACAUUGCAUCAACUCAAAUUUUGGUUUACUCUCAUGGAGGCAAGAUCUUUCAGAAAGGAUAAAAAGCUUGCAGAAGGAUCUCUCUUAAUUGAUGGUGACGACUUGCUAGCUAUCAAUAACGACAAAACAGUGAAAGUGAAUAUGAGAACUGUUUCUUCUUCCAAGAAGGGUAAGAAUGGAAUGACGUCUGUUUCCUCGAGCCAAUCUGAUUUAGAUUCUCAUGACGAUUCUGAUGAUGCUGAUCAUCAAUCCGCUGGCUCUCCAAAUAGCAAUCAUAGCUCAACAAAUAACACUCCAAAUUUCCCGUCACAAGAGGAAGAAAAAAUUGUGGGAUAUUUGGAAGUCAUUAUUCGAAUAGAGAGAGAUGAGCAUUUUGCUGUUGCACAUUUUCUGGAGGAUUCUAAUUGCCCUGAACGGAUUGAACUUUCUCAGUGGAAUGCCACAAGUAAGAUUAACAGCCAGACUGUUUCUACAGGUUCGCUCAGUGACGUCAAUCAGAUUCCAUCAUUAGACAUUCAUGAACAUAUCAAGGAUUGGGUCAAACAUUCUGUAAGCAAAAACUUUACGAUUUUCCUCCCUCCACACUGGAAGCCAAAGAAAAUUCAAACUGUAAAUAAGAGCUCUCAUACACACUACGAAGCUGAUUUUUGGUCGGAUCGAUGUUUAGGAUCCGAUACAGAACAUGUUGAAAUUUUAUCAAUAGUUUACCAAAAAGUCUGUUCAAAAACAGAUGAAGAUUUUAAUUUAACGAAGAGUCUUUAUGAAACUAUGGUUCUUCAUAAAUUAUCGGCAGAAGCAAUGAAUGGUGUGACGACCUUGGAAAAAAACCAGGAUGUGACAUCAAAUUUUGGAAUUGCAUUUGAUUCUGUUUCCCGUUAUCAUUAUUCCUUCCUGAAAAGGAUUGGAUUUGCUCAAGUGGAUCAUGUGUUAUACAUUUUCAAACCAAAAGGCCUCAAUGUGAUGUUGUGUGCAAGCUUGGAGACAUCUUUUGGACUCGGUCAAGCUGAACACGAUCUGUUGCAAUAUGCCGCUCAAUCUGCCAUCAUUAUUUAUCAAUAA